AAACAGCUGAUAGCUCGGAACAGUAUGAUAAAAUACCACACUUGAGCGUUCUUCCAGUUUGAUUUGAAAAUAUUGUAACUCAUUCACUUUAUUAUUUCCUAAAUAAUGCCACAAAAUUUCGCCAAACAAUAAAUAAUGCUGUUGCCCUUGAUGAACUUGAUUCGCUCGACAGAAGAGGACGCCGCGAAGACGACGCCGCCAAAGCGCCAGGUUGCAGAGGACGUAAGGAUUGCCAAGACACAGGCAAUCCUCCUCCAGGCGUUUAACUAUGAACUUCCAGAAUCAGUCACCGACACCCAGCCCCAGCGGGAACCAGAGAGUAGGCGUCGCUAAGCCCGCUCAUGAUAUAUCACGAAAGAUCAAGGGUUUCCUCUACUCUUUAAUCGGCAAAAGAAUUAAGAAGAUGAGACCAAAGCGGGAGGAGGGAUUCCACACCUCCCUGGAGGAGUUUGAUGUGAGGAAGCUGAUCCGGCUCUACUACAAGCACGAGAAUCUCUACAAUCCAAGGCACUCCUAUUAUGGCAACAAGGACUUCGCUGAGGAUUGUUUCAAUGACAUGGCUAGAUCUAUUCCCGGCAAGACCGGCUUCGAGCUGCGAUCCUAUAUCGAGAAUCUGCGCUAUGAGUUCGAGCAGCAGUUCAGGAUAAUUGACACCGCCCGCCGGAACAAAGAGGAGCUACCUACGCCCACGUUUCGCUACUACAACGAGUUCCUCUUUCUGGUGCCAUAUCUAUACAUGGAAUUCAAUCAAUCCCAUGGAGAGACUGGUACCAGUUCGCAGAACCCACCAAAUGUACAAAAUCCAGCUUCUGAUAUGCCGAACCAUAGGCUGAACCACUUUACGGGCUUCCCCCUGGCCGCUUUUCCCGGUAACAUAUGCUGCUCUCCCAAAGAAAUGCUUAGGCGCACCUUUAAGAAGGAUGUCAAAAACAAGUCUAAGUCGAGUAAGAUCAGCGAUCAGGAGAAGCAAAUGCCAAGCGUCACCUUCUCGCCUUCGGCGGAGGAACGUUCCAAUGAUGUCGCCGCUUGCAGUCGGGACUCCAAGAUGUCGCUCACAUCCUCACACUACGGAGACGAGCAGGAUUUAAAAACCACCGAUCUGACCUGCCCCUUUCGAUUGGAGAACUCACCCUGUCCAUCGGAGUGUCGACUCUCACAAUUUGGGUAUUCCAAGUCGGCUACAACUUCGCAGCCAAAGGAAUCCAUGAAAUCAAUUGUUGAAUCUGUAACUCCUGUGGUGCAACAAGCACCAAUGAAUUCCAGUAUCAAACAUCCUUCGGAAACGUCUCAAAAGGGGUAUACUGUUCCGGCUCCACAGUUCUACGUCGAUCAGAAUAUAAAUUUUAGACCACAGCAAUCCGUUGCGGAAUCCUUUGCUGCUGAGGAGCAAGAAAAAUUCAUGAUUGCCCAUCCUCCAUACUCUGCCGCUGUCGGCCAACAAAAACCCAUGAAACCGGGUUCCAAGGCUCCUUCGGAAUCUCAAGUGGGAGCUAGUGGCCCGGAUAACAAGUCCUGUCCCUGCUGCGUCUCGGAGGAACGCAAAGAACCCGCUCCAGAAGAUAAAAGAGAUAAUCCGUUAGUAGCAAAGUAUCAAAAUUUUAAGCAAGUGCAAAUGCUUUGCGAUAUGAUCCGCACGGAGCUCACCGCUGCGCCGGAUUUUAUAUACUUCGAUGCCAAGUGGCGGAUCAUUGAAAUCCUAAGGGAGGUCCACAAGAGGCAGUUGGUUCAUUUGAAGGCUGGACCACAGAAGAAUGCUGUGAAGGAGCAACUCAAUCAGUUAAAGAUGCAGCAUCAUCCAUACAAACCACCCAAGAAUACACCUGCUCCUCCGGCAAAGCCAGGGCCCUCGAGGAUUUGUAACCACAUAAAGGGCAGUCAUUGUCCCUACUGCUGCCACAACAACAGAAGCUUGGAGAUGGAAGCGUUCUUCAGCAGCUCCAAGCUGAUUAAACAUUGGCCCACCUGCCUCAUCGGGUUGAUCCUAUUGGGGAUCCUCAAGUUUGUGCUGUCAAGGCGUAAAGAAAGCUCCCAUAGAUACACUUUGGACAACAAAGAGCUUGUGGAGGGUAUGAGUCACAAUCUAUUCGGAAUUGAAGAUUCCGAGGACACUGAUGAACUACAGCCUGCUCUCGAGGAGAGGCCUCACGUCCCCUUCAUUCCCGGCCAGAAUCUCAAUCCGAAUGGAGCUGAAAUCUUCUACAACUUGAUCCGUGGACGUCGCAGCAUUCGUUCUUUUUGCAGCCAGCGAAAGCCAGACCUUAGCGUCAUAGAGGAUUGCAUCCGAGCUGCGGGAACUGCUCCAAGUGGCGCUCACACAGAGCCCUGGACAUUCUGCGUGGUGGAGAGCGAAGAGCUGAAGCAAUCCAUUCGAGAAAUCGUAGAGCAGGAGGAGCUGAUCAACUACAACCAGCGAAUGCAUCCGCAAUGGGUCACAGAUCUGCGACCGCUGCAAACCAAUCAUGUGAAGGAAUACCUUACAGAUGCCCCCUAUCUCAUCCUGAUCUUCAAGCAGACGUAUGGUUUAAUGGACGAUGGACGCAGGAAGAGGCACUACUACAAUGAGAUAUCCACCUCCAUUGCCGCAGGCAUCCUUCUGUGCGCCUUACAGGCGGCAGGACUGUCUUCUUUGGUCACAACUCCCUUAAAUUGUGGCCCCGCGCUAAGAUCCCUACUGAAUCGUCCUGUAAAUGAAAAACUGCUCAUUCUACUGCCUGUGGGCUAUGCUUCAGAGGGCUGUCAAGUGCCCGAUUUGGAGCGAAAGCAAUUGAAGGAGAUUUUAGUCAAGUUCUAGAUUUAUAUACAUGCA